AUGACGGAAUCGGACGAAGAGAUUCAAAUCAUCGACGAAUCGGAGCAGCAGGCGGUUGCGGCCGCCCAUCCAAUCGAGCCGUUCGACUCGGAGGUCUACGUCUCGAAACUCAUUGAAUUCAUGGAAUCUACAGAGAAUAACGCCCCGGAAAGGCUCAAAUACUUUGUCGCACAAGUUCGUUCUCACUUUGUUCCCCCCGAAAUGCGCGAUUCAAUUCAGACCUGGGCCCGACCGGCAGAUUCCACGUGUUUCUACUCGGAUUCGUACCCGUUGGACGCCGGCGGCGUAUCAAAACUACCUACGAACAUGAUGAUGCCUGGCGCGAAGCGGAUCGCCGGCACUCAGAGACUUAUGUACGUACCGUCGCCGAUCAUGAAGAAAUCGACUUCGGAGUCUUCGGUGGCCGGCAGUGCUCCGGGAGUUCCGCCAGUGAGAAAAUAUAAGUGUUCGAAUGAAAACAUGAACAUUUUUAGAAGAAAGUUAAAAGGCAAAUGCCGGUGAUCGACGACUCGAUAUACUGUUCCACGGAUCAGCCGUGCAUCGCGUGCGGCGGGGUCUCGCAAUCCGGUAAUCAAGUGCUGGUUUGUAAGCGAUGCAAAGACUGCUUCCACAUGAGAUGCAGUCAGCCGACCGUCUCCGUCGAAGAAGCAUCCGAUCCUAAAUUCGUGUACCACUGCAAAACGUGCCUCGUUUCGAAGAAAGUCGUUAGUGACUUCUUCUCUUCUUCGCCCCUAAUUUUCGUGUUUUCAGAUUGACGGUCAAGGCGGUUCGCGUUCCCGAGUCCCGUCUUUUUCGACGGAAGACGAAAAACCAUGA